AUGGGCAAUUGCUUGAACUUCCUCUGUACUGAAGAUGAAAUCUGUAUUGCUGGAAAAUGUGUUCCUCUUUUAGAAGAAAAAAUAUAUAAAGACUGUUCCGACAUUAUGCAAAGAGAUCCAAGCAAGAAAGGACAAGAUGGAGUGUAUGUUAUUUAUGCUGACACUCGGAGAGAGGUCUACUGUGACAUGACGACAGAUGGAGGAGGGUGGACGGUGAUUCAGAAACGACACGAUGGUGACGUGGAUUUUUACAGGACAUGGAUAGAGUAUAGACAUGGAUUUGGGAAUGCCACUAACGAUUAUUGGAUAGGGAAUGAUGCAAUCCACAUCUUAACAAAGAAUAAAAACCAAGAACUCCGAGUUGAUCUCCAGAGUUAUAACGGAGAACAGGCCUACGCUGUGUAUACCACAUUUUACAUCGGAGAUGAAGACAGUAAAUAUACACUGACGGUGUCUGGAUACAGUGGAACAGCAGGUGACAGUUUGGCUUAUCACAAUGGUGCGAGAUUCAGUACUAAGGACCAAGACAAUGACAACAAGAGUAGUAAUAGCUGUGCUUUAAUGCGGCAUGGAGCCUGGUGGUACCGCAACUGUCUCAGGUCAAAUCUUAACGGAGAGUAUGCCCAGUCGGCAGUGUUCGGUUGGAAAUACCCGGUAUGGGAAUACUGGAAGUAUAAUGAAGCGUUGAAACAGACUGUGAUGAUGAUUAGACAAAAAAUCUAG